AUGGAUAUCCAGCAAGAAACCAUAAACCUAAACUCGAGGAAUGUAUCCGAUCUUCUUCGUGCAGGAGCCGACGUUAAUGCUGCCGGUGGUGAAUAUGGAAGCGCGAUACAGGCCGCGGGGCAAUUAGGACGCGACAAUAUUCUGGACAUACUCAUCAAAAAUGAGGCAGACGUCAACGCCAAGAACGUUGGACGUCGGAAUCCACAUGGGCGAACUCCCCUGUCGUUAGCUGCGGGGAACGGUCACAGUUUGAUUGUGAGGCAGCUUUUGGCGAGAGACGGUACCAACCCUGAUUUGCCGGACGACAACGGUAGAACACCAUUGUCAUGGGCUGCUGGAAGCGGAGAAAGUCUAUCGUGCAUAGAGUCAUUGCUUCAAAGGUCCGAUGUUAACACAGAAUCCGCAGACAUCAAUGGCAGAACACCAUUGUCGUGGGCUGCAGGGAAUGAGCACCGUGGAAUGGUGGAGUUACUACUCAAGCAGCCCGGUAUUAAUACUAAUGCCAGGGAUCAAAAUGGCCGGACGCCAUUAUCAUGGGCUGCAGGUAAUGGUUGUAUCACGGUGGCGCAUUCGCUUGUAUCGAGGGACGAUGUGACCCUAGACCUCCAAGACAGUGAUGGUAGAACGCCCUUGUCAUGGGCAGCAGGAGCCGGAAACAUUGCGAUGGCGGAAAUACUUCUCAGAAAUCCGGAUGUCAAACCAAAUUGUGGGGAUAAAGAUGACAGGACUCCUUUGUCAUGGGCAGCAGAAAAGGGACAAAGGGUAGCGGUCGAAAUACUCCUUCGACGACCAGAUAUCACCAUUAAUUCUGUGGACAAAGAUGGAAGAACUGCCUUGUCUUGGGCAGCGGGAGAAGGGCAGGAAGAAGUGGUAAAUUUACUUCUUAAGAGGGCUGAUAUUGAGCCAAAUUAUGCGGAGCGAAGCGGCAUGCCGCCCCUCUGGUGGGCUGCGAAGAAAGGGCACGAUGGAGUAGUCAAGCUGCUUCUGACCGCUGAGAAGAUUGAUAUCAAUUAUCGGGAUCAAGAUGGCGGAACAUUGCUGUCAUGGGCUGCAGAGACUGGGCGCGCCAAAGUAGUAAAAUUGCUUUUGGCACAGGAAGGAUUGAGUCCGGAUUCUCAAAAUACAGUCGGUAGAACGGCAUUGUCAAGGGCCGCAGAAACUGGUAGUAGUGCCAUCGUGGAGCUUCUCUUGAACAGGCCCGACGUCAAUCCAGACUCUGUGGAUCAAGAAAACCGAACGCCGCUCUUGUGGGCAGCAAUGAAAGGGCACAGUGCCGUUGUGGAACUGCUACUAGCAAAGGAAGGAGUCAAGCUCGACUCUACAGAUGAUACUGGACGAACGCCGUUGUUGUGGGCGCUAGAAAUGCGCCACAGUCACGUUAUUCGGUCGCUGAUCAGCAGGGACACGACUACAUUGCAUUCUUUAGUCCAACAGGGAAACCGAGAAUCAGCGAAAAUGCUUCUUUCCGCUGGAUGUGAUGUUGAUCGUUGCGACCCUAGCGGAACUACUGCACUUCGUCUGGCUAUUCAACGGAAAGAUCGGGAAAUGAUUGAUAUGUUACUCACGUUCGGUGCAGGUACAAAAGGUGUUAUGGCGCAUGAAUGGCUUGACGUAUACGGAAGGCAAAAAGGAGAUGCAGUGCAACUUCUAGAAGGGGCUGACGGACAGCAGCGCGUUAACUUUAUCGAAAACAGCACACUGGGAAGCAUGCAAGCAUUGCAGAUGCAGAAAAGACAGCUUCUCGUCAUUCCUAAUGAUAACUACAGCCCUGGCAAGCCGUUACCCGAUGAGCUGCGAUCUAUAAGCAGAAACCAGUUUCAAAUUUCUUAUGCGGACGUGAAUAAUCAUGCUGCGAGAAUCUCUGUUUCGUUGUGGUUCCCUUUUGGUGAAGGUUCAUCUUCGCAGCAACAGUAUUUCAACGUGCCCGAGUGGCCUUUAAUCCGCAUAGCAUGGACAAUUAUAUCUCCUUCAAAUCCACAGAGUCGUCCGUGGCAGUCAGUCGAUCACCACAGCAUGUUGCCAAACGGUUGGAUUCCUGAUGAUGGCUUUGAUUUCUUUCAGCAAUUCAUUCUACAUUUGGAGGAAAGAUGGAUUAGUGUAUGUGACGCAGCUGAUAAACAUUUGAAAGAAUCUCGUCUGGAUCAAUUGCGUUCGGAGGGCAAAAACCCCGAUCUGAUGCGUCGACUAGCGAGGGAUGCACAGAAAUGGACAGAGCUUCGUUCAAUACUUCAGGACCAUACCGAUGUUGCGCAGAAGUUUAUUGUGGAAUAUUCCGAGCGCUACCAUGCAAAUCAAUUUCCAAUUGAUUUGCAGCGCACAGUUAACGAGUUCAAGGUUGAUAUCAGCCGUCGGCUCGAUCAGCUGGAUCAGACCAUUCGUGAUCUUUUACAAUUUGAAUUUGCCUGGGCCUCAAUUAACGAGACCAGGAUCUCAACCAGGUUGGGGCACAACGUCAUGCUAUUCACCUACGUUAGCAUAUUCUAUCUGCCAUUGGCUUUCUGCGCAGCAAUCUGGGCAAUACCCAACAUUACGGACUCUGCAACCAGGAAUCCAUUCAUUAUCACUUCGGCGAUCGUGGGUUUCAUAACCUUGUUGAUAUCCUUCAACCUUGAGAAUAUCUCAACUCUUUGUUGGAGACUGUACCAAGGCUGGAGAGCGAAAGUAGUACAAGACAUGCAAUUUGUCGGUAAUGAUUAUUGGAUGGAAAGAGGAAACAAACUUGAAUCCAUCGAUACUCCUAGGUCGAACUUCCCCUCCGAAUGGUGGCUCAUUUGGUACGCGUUCUGGAGGCUUGUUCGGGCAUUGUAUUAUCGAAAGAAGCAGAAGCUCGCGGUACGAAAGCUUGAGAGACGGGUCAAGGAUCAGGAUAUUGAAGUGGAGAGUGGUUCAAUGAUCCAAUAA